UUCACGAUUGCUGUUCAGAACAGUAUCUCUGCAGAAGGGUUGCUGUCGUGCUUGUGAAAGGAACAUAAUUUAAGUUUAGACUCAAACUUCUCUCUUCAUCGGAACGCACAUGAAACGAAAAAUAUGACGUUCCGCAGACUGAAAAAAGUCAAUUCCAAUGACCCCGAGAGUGGACCAUCAUGCCAAGACAGUGCUGAAAUCUACUUUGCUUCUUCUAAAUCUGAUAGUUGUAAAACUAAGGAUUUACCAUCUAAUGCAUCGGACGUGUACAAUUACAAAACGUUGGCGUAUUCUGGUGGGACGUUACCCAGGAAUUUCAGAAGGGGUGGUGGUCUUCAGAAAUGGAAGCCCCUCACACAGUCAGAGCCAGAACCACAGAGGAAGGUAGUGGUCCUGGAGAAAAAUGAAGAGGAGACAUUUGGAUUUGAGAUACAGACAUAUGGACUGCACCACCAGGACCAGAACUCAGUGGAGAUGUGCACGUUUGUGUGCAAGGUCCAUGAUGAUAGUCCCGCCCAGCAAGCUGGACUUAAAGUUGGGGACACAAUUGCAAGUGUGAACAAGGCCACUGUGGAAGGAUUCCGGCACAAGGAGAUAGUCCAACUUAUCAGGGCAUGUGGCAACACAAUAAGGCUGGAGACUGUGUACAGUGAUUCUAUCCGCAAAGCCGAACUGGAAGCCCGCUUGCAGUAUCUGAAGCAAACCCUUCAUGAGAAAUGGGAUGAAUACAGAUCACUGAUGAUGCAGGAGCAGAGGCUGGUUCACGGGAUAGUGAUGAGCGAUGCGUCUGUCUAUGAGUCCCUGGAGUCAGCAGGAGUGUAUGGGAGUCUGGGAGCCCCCAGCCCGGCUGCCAUGCGAGCGCUCCGCUGCACCGGCAGCACCAGCAGCAGUGCCAGCCACCUGAGUGCCGCCACAGACGCCACGGAUGACCCCCUUUACCAGACUUGCCUGUACCAGGGCAGUGAAGGCAACACCGAUGACGCCACCAACAACAACACGGAGGAGCAGAAGCAGAAAGAGCUCCCCCCUCAGAGGCGCCUGAUCCGGCCCGCCAGCGAGCUCUUCACCUCGGCCAAGACCCACCUGACUCGCAGCGCCAGCACACGCAGCUACCUGCGAGGCCCCUCGUCCUCCUCGACAUCGACAGGGCCGGGGGAGAAGCAGGGAGGCUUUGGUGCUCUGCAAAGGAAACCCAAGCAGAAGAGCUUCCGCCGGCGUCUUCUCAAGUUUAUCCCUGGCCUCAACCGAGCGCUGGAGGAAGAGGAGAGCAAGUUCUGAGGGAAGAGCGGAACUUCGACCCCAAAGACCUGCUUGAACAGACCCAAAGACUUGACGUUGACUAUCAGAUCGAACUCUAAAUCCAAAGAUUCCAAAAAAGUGCCAAAGAGUAUGAGAACAAAUGUUACACAGUGAUAUUGCUCUAUAAUUGAUCGGUUUGGAACUAAUAGUUCUGAAGUCCAACAAUUGUCUUAUGGGGUUUCACCCUGAUUGUACAUACCUUUGUUAUUGUUUCUAUAUUGUUAUGUAAGUUAUUUAUUUAUUUUGAGUCAUGUACAGAAUUGAAGGAUUCUUUUUGUUUAUUUUGUUUUAUCGAGGUGUUGAAAUGCCUUUUGAGAGUAAUUUUGUAAGAAACAAACCUGAUACUUCUUUUUUGUACUUAUACAGAUUGUUCAGAUUUAAAAUAAAUGUGUGCCAUUUGAUGCCUUUCUUAAAUAGCUUCUUAAGAUCUAAAACUGAUGCUGGCUUUGUCCACUAAAAUGCUAAGUAACUGUGUAAACUA